AGACCUCUGGCCUUCCUCCUAGGCAAGGCAAGAGAUGCCAGCCACCUGCGCCUUUCUCAGCCUGAGGACUCCCAGGUGGGUGGGGCUGGGCACCCGGAUUGGCUUGCAAGCGUGGUAAAGGCAAGGGGCUAGCGCAGGCAAACAAGAGGACUGGCAGAGCCCUGCUACAAGCCACCACCACGCUUGCCAGGCCCCGGCACCCUGUGAGCUGGGGCCACUUGCUGACCCGAUUCUGGGUGCCCUGCACAUCAUGGACACCGGUGGCCAUAGCUGCUCCCUCUCCUCACUCUAUGUGGGCGAUCUACACCCCGACGUGACUGAAUCUAUGCUCUAUGAGAUGUUCUCCCCGAUCGGCAAUAUCCUUUCCAUCCGCGUGUGUCGGGAUGUGGCCACCCGGCGCUCUCUGGGCUAUGCCUACAUCAAUUUCCAGCAGCCUGCUGACGCGGAACGGGCACUGGACACAAUGAACUUUGAAGUGAUCAAAGGCCAGCCCAUCCGAAUCAUGUGGUCCCACCGAGACCCAGGCCUUCGGAAGUCUGGUAUGGGCAACAUCUUUAUCAAAAACUUGGAGAAUUCCAUUGACAACAAGGCUCUGUAUGACACCUUCUCUACCUUUGGAAGCAUUCUCUCUUCUAAGGUAGUAUACAAUGAACAUGGAUCACGGGGUUUCGGCUUUGUGCAUUUUGAGACCCACGAGGCUGCCCAGAAGGCCAUCAACACCAUGAAUGGGAUGUUGCUGAAUGACCGGAAAGUCUUUGUAGGCCAUUUCAAGUCUCGACAGAAGCGGGAAGCAGAGCUGGGAGCUCGGGCCCUAGGGUUCACCAACAUCUAUGUGAAGAACCUGCACGUGAACGUGGAUGAGCAGAGACUCCAGGACCUCUUCUCCCAGUUCGGAAAUAUGCAGAGUGUAAAGGUGAUGAGAGACAGCAAUGGGCAGUCCCGGGGCUUUGGCUUCGUCAACUUUGAGAAGCAUGAGGAAGCCCAGAAGGCCGUGGACCACAUGAACGGGAAGGAGGUGAGCGGGCAGCUGCUGUAUGUGGGUCGGGCCCAGAAGCGGGCAGAACGGCAGAGCGAGCUGAAGCGCAGGUUUGAACAAAUGAAGCAGGAGAGGCAGAGCCGCUACCAGGGUGUGAACCUUUAUGUGAAGAACCUGGAUGACUCCAUUAACGAUGAGAGGCUGAAGGAAGUUUUCUCUACCUAUGGAGUGAUCACCAGCGCUAAGGUGAUGACAGAAAGUAGCCAUAGCAAGGGCUUUGGCUUUGUAUGCUUUUCCUCUCCAGAAGAGGCAACGAAGGCCGUGACAGAGAUGAACGGGCGCAUCGUGGGCACGAAACCACUGUAUGUGGCCCUGGCACAGCGCAAGGAGGAGCGGAAGGCCAUCUUGACCAACCAGUAUAGGCGACGCCCCUCUCACCCUGUCUUGAGCUCCUUCCAGCAGCCUACCAGCUACCUGCUCCCUGCUGUACCCCAGUCUACAGCCCAAGCUGUGUACUACAGUUCUGGCUCCAUAGCUCCAAUGCAACCUGACCCCAGGUGGACGGCCCAGCCACAUGGACCUCCAUCUACCUGCCCUCCAGCUGCCUCCAUGGUCCAGCCUCUAAGCACGACACAGCAUCCCUGUAUCCACCUGAGCGGUGCCAGCCAGGCCUCCAGCCAGGUGCCUCACACGCAGAGAGUAGUCAACAUUGGUACCCAGACUACAGGACCAGGUGGGGAGGGAUCCUCUAUUCCAGGCCAGCUUCUUGUGCCACAUAGAGGAACCUCCUCGGCUGUACAUGGUGCCCAUGGGGUCCAGGAGUCGGCCGUGUAUGUCCCUGGCCAUCAGCCUCUGACUGUAUCCAUGUUGGCCGCUGCACCCCUGCAUGAGCAAAAGCAGAUGAUUGGGGAGCGUCUCUACUCCCUCAUCCAUGAUGCCUGCGCCCCACUGACUGGCAAGAUCACGGGCAUGCUGCUGGAGCUGGACAACCUGGAGCUUCUGUUAUUGCUGGAGUCCCCAGAGUCCCUCCAUGCCAAGAUAGAAGAGGCGGUGGCAGUACUGCAGGCGCAUCGGGAAAUGGAGUCAGCAGACAGGAAGUGAACUCUGUGGGUCCCUGGGGAUGGAAGGACCGGCAGAGCAGCUGAGCUGCUGGCUCUCUGGAGACUCCGUAGAGAACCCAGCAAUCAAAAACUCACUGUGAUGUGUUGGUGGCUUUG